AUGCAGAACACUGGCCCAAUGGUGCCUUUACGUUAUUUUGGCUUUGGCUACGCAGCCCUGGUUGCUACUGGUGGAAUCACUGGCUAUGCAAAAGCAGGUAGUGUGCCAUCCCUGGCAACCUACCUCUUCUUUGGGAUUUUAGCAGGCCUGGGUGCUUAUGAGCUAUCUCAGGAUCCCAGGACCAUUUGGGUUUUCCUAGUUAAUUCUGGAACCUUGACUGGCAUCAUGGGAAUGAGAUUCUACCAUUCUGGAAAGUUUGUGUCUGUGGGUUUAAUUGCAGAGGCCAGUUUGCUGAUGGUUGCCAAACUUGGAAUAAGUAUAUUGAAUAGACCCCAACCAUAG